CCCCAGCCCCCGCCUGCGCGGUGCAUGUCGGGCACUGUGGUCUCCCCGACCCGCGGAGCGCGCCUGAGGCGCACGGACGGACUACAUCUCCCAGAGACCUUUGAGCGGGCGGGGGGCGGUGUGCGCGCAAAGCCCCGCGGGGCCGAGGGUCUCGCCCUCCCAGCGCCUGGACCCCGGCCUGUCUCGGCGUUGGUUCGGCCUCCGGCGCCGGGCCUCCCGAGGUAAAGGGUCCCCGGGAGCGGCGCAGCGAGCCCGUCGCCUCCUCCCCGGGCACUGAUGCGAUCCAGAGCGGGGUUUUGACGUCGCACCGUCGCUGGGUUGGCCGGUCACCCGCGGGGCUGCGAACAGCUCCCUAGAGCCCUGCGUGUCUGCUCAGGCCGCCAGUGGAAGGAGCCUGUCCUGCCUUCCCCUUCUGAGUACUUGGGAUUUGAGGGCACCCUUACCUUCUGGCUUUGACACAGGAAGCGGGGAUGAUGUGGAUGGUGGCGGCUCUGGGCCUGAUUAUCCUUGCUGAUGGUCCAGAAGCAGCAAAGAUGUCCAACGAGCCACCCCCUCCUUAUCCUGGAGGUCCCACAGCCCCCCUUCUGGAGGAGAAGAGUGGAGCCCCACCUACCCCAGGCCGUACCUCCCCAGCUGUGAUGCAGCCCCCUCCGGGCAUGUCGAUGCCCCCUGCAGACAUUGGUCCCCCACCCUAUGAGCCACCAGGUCACCCAAUGCCUCAGCCUGGCUUCAUCCCCCCGCAUGUGAAUGCAGAUGGCACCUACAUGCCUCCAGGUUUCUACCCUCCUCCAGGCCCCCACCCACCCAUGGGCUACUAUCCACCAGGGCCUUACCCUCCAGGGCCCUAUUCUGGCCCUGGGGGCCACACUGCCACAGUCCUAGUUCCUUCAGGGGCUGCCACCACAGUGACAGUACUGCAGGGAGAGAUCUUCGAGGGCGCCCCUGUACAGACAGUGUGUCCCCACUGCCAGCAGGCCAUCACCACCAAGAUCUCCUAUGAGAUUGGCCUGAUGAACUUCGUGCUGGGCUUCUUCUGCUGCUUCAUGGGGUGUGACCUGGGCUGCUGCUUGAUCCCCUGUCUCAUCAACGACUUCAAGGAUGUGACGCACACAUGCCCCAGCUGCAAAGCCUACAUCUACACGUACAAGCGCCUGUGCUAACGGAGCCGGGACUGGACUCCCUGCUGUCAGUCUGGCCCCCUGUGCUUUUGCUCCCCUCGCUCAGUGGCUCGCUUCCUUGCUCCCACUUGGGGGUGGAAGCCAUUCCACCAGUCCCUGGAAGUCUCGUCCUCUUUGGCUUGCCCUUCCCUGAGCAUCUGACUCUUGCGGCAAAAAUCCUGAUGGAUUUAAGGCCAAGGGUCAGCAAGUGGCAGGGGGAUAGCACUGAGCCUGUGUGUUGCUGGUUUGGUUGGUGUUUGUGAUCAGGAAGAGAAGCUGUGAAGGGUCUCCUUGCACGGUCUCCCUGCUGGGGUCUCGUUCCUCCAUUUCUGUACAAAGUAUAGAUUUGGUCCUAACUCUCCCUGGGACCACAAGCAGCCAGAGCAGACCUGGGGCCUGCAGACCUAUAGCCACAGUUAUUUCUGAUCUCCUGGGCCAAGAGUCGGGGAGUGGACCCAAGCAGGACAGAGUCCUAAGGCCUGGCUUUGUUCCUGGGGUACUAGAGGUGGACAUGAUUAGAAGGAUGACUCUGGCUCUUAGAACUCUCAAACUCUUAACACCCUGUCCAAGUGCCCAGGAGUCCCCUGGGGUAAGGGAGAGAGGUCAGCACAUCUGCAAGUCGUGGGAUGAGUGGUUAGGCCCCAGCUUGCUAAGAAGGGACUUGCUUCUGGCCCCCACCCAGCUCCCUUUCUGGCCACCCCUCCACAAGCCCCCGUCUUUGCUAGGGCCAGAAGGAAUGCCCAGGAGCCUAACCCAUAGCCAUACCAUGUCCUAUGUAUGGCUAUGUAUCGGCAAGACCUUUGCCCAGUGGCUGGUGUGUCCCAGCUAGGACUGGAGAUGACAGAGAAGGGGCCUCCUUGCAAGCACACUCAGAUUCGUCACGCACGCUCCAUGGAUCCUCUUCUCAGUAAGUGCUGGGCCCUGGGCCCUGGCUGACUUGCUGUCACUGUGCUUGUUUCAACAGCAGGUACUGCAGCAGGAGCAGCUGUGGCACUGGACUGGGACAGGCCGGGGACAAGGAAGGAGCAGCCCCAAGUGGCGGAAGUGCCCUGGUGGACACCUGCCCUGGGCCUGAGCCCACACUGUAUUUCGUGAAUGGCUUGUCUGUGAACUUGCUCACGUGGACCGCUGUAUCCUGCUGCCACCCCUCUCCUGGUCUCACACUGCCACUGCAUGGCCUCCUGUCACUGUGAAUCAUGGCUGGUCUCAGUUUGUAGUUUCUCAUUAAAUUGGCCCUUUCACUCCCCUGCCCUGGGCCUCUGCUCUCCUGCCUGGCUUCCUUCUUUGACGGAAAGAGGGUGGGGGCUAGAAGUGGUCUAAGGGCAGGGGCUUGAGUCCUCUGGGUCUUUGUGCUUGUGCUGCACUGACUGCCCAGGGAUGACACUAAGUAUCUGAUUAAACCACACCCAAACCCGGUGUGGACAAGCCGUGGGGUUCUAGCCGUGACUGGGUCGGGGUAGGAGUUGGCUUCACUGCGCUCAAAGGGCACCUUCCUAUCUCUGACACUGGUUUCACCUAUCUCCAUGCCACGGCAUCUGCCCACACCGUCUGCAGGCUGGAGCCCCCUGGCUUUAGCUCAGGGUCAUCCCACCCUGCAGGCAAAUACCCUUGCUCCCUUAAGCAAGACAGAAUCACUGGGGCUGAGGCUUCUGGUCUGAAGGCUAAUGGGGGGCAGCUAGUCAGCCCCUAGGUUCUGAGCCAGCUCCACCCCUACUAGCCCUCAUCUGAACUGUGAAAAACGGGUAGGCUUGGUCAGUAGUCGAAGACAAUGUUUUCCUCGCCAUUUAACCCUUUCCUGAAUAAAACUUUUGCAGAUCCUCAAUACAUAAAACAAGAAACUGAUUCCUAUCAAUAAAAAUAUUUAAGUUCA